UGCUAAUAAUGUUGUGGCGCUCCACGUGAGUGAAAUGCAUUCGUAUGAAGCACGUUUGUGUAUUAUUACAAAUAAAUUACAUUUAGUGUUAUUGUUCUUAUUUUAAGUGGACUAUAUUUGUAACAGAUAUAAAAAUGUUGGUUGAGCCGAAAUUAACAAACACUUCAAAAAACUUCGGUAAACCACCAGAGAACCAAAAUCUCUUAUUGCAGAGUUUAGGAAGUCCGCACAUAGAUUCUUUUAAUUACAUGUUAGAAGAUGGUCUCUCAGAAGGUGUUAGAGAGAAUCCCCUUGUUUAUAUUCACCUUCCAAAUGAAGAUAAAGUAGCUCUAUGGGUGGAUGAUGUAUCUAUUCAUCAACCUUCUAUCCCCACAGGGACUAUUGGAGUGAAAAAUCAUAAAAUUUAUCCUACAGAAUGUCGUCAAAGAGGAUGUACUUACAAAGGAAAAAUAACUGUUAAAUUGGGUUGGUCUAUCAAUGGUAAAAUUCAAGAAGCUCUUGAAAGAGAUUUAGGAGAAAUUCCAAUUAUGGUUAAAUCCAAUAGGUGUCAUUUGAGUAAAAUGAGUCCUAAAGAAUUAGUUAGUCAUGGAGAACAUGAACAGGAAUGGGGUGGAUACUUUGUCAUUAAAGGACUAGAAAGGCUUAUAAGAAUGCUUUUAAUGACCAGGAGAAAUUAUCCCAUAGCCAUCAGAAGAUCAGGAUGGAAAGCUCGUGGAAUACAAUUUAGUGAUCUUGGCCUACAACUAAGGAGUGUACGUGACGAUAAUACUGCAACUAACAAUACAUUACAUUAUGUAACCGAUGGGUCUGCAAAGUUAAUGUUUACACAUAGAAAAGUUUUGUACUAUGUUCCAUUAGUCCUGAUGUUCAAAUGUUUGAUAGAUGUUUCAGACAUUUUUAUUUAUAAUGCGUUAACAGCUGGUAAUAAUGAUCUGUAUUAUAAAGGUUGUAUUUUAAAUAUGCUUAGAGAAAUUCAUGAACAAGGUCUACACAGUCAUGAAGAAUGCAAGGCUUAUAUAGGAAGAAUGUUCAGAAUAAAAUUUUUUGAAUUACCUCAAGAUGCUACUGAUAUAGAUGUUUGUGAUUUUAUCAUUAAGCAUUGUGUAGCAAUUCAUCUAAAUGAUCCUCUAGAUAAAUUUUAUUUACUUGUUUUUAUGACCAAAAAGCUAUUUUCUCUUGCAAACAAUAACUGCGCUGUUGAGGGAGCUGAUGCUGUGAUGAUGCAGGAAUGCCUGCUUGGUGGUCAUUUGUACUUACAAGUAUUGAAAGAGAAGUUACAUUCUUGGCUAACUGGACUUAAAUUGGGUAUUUUGAAACGUGCCAGAAGUGCGGGCAACAGAUACACUUUAAGCAUACAGGAAAUGUUGAACAUAAUGAAGCAUACAAGUUCACUUGAAUCGCAGAUGGAAAAUUUCUUAGCCACUGGAAAUUUAAAAUCACCAACUGGUUUAGGACUUAUGCAAACUAGUGGCCUCACAAUCGUUGCCGAAAACAUUAAUAGAAUGCGUUACAUGAGUCAUUUUCGUGCAAUUCAUAGAGGUUCUUUUUUCCAGGAAAUGAGAACUACAGAAGCUAGACAAUUAUUGCCAGAUGCAUGGGGUUUUAUUUGUCCUGUCCAUACACCUGACGGUGCACCUUGUGGGCUCCUGAAUCACUUAACAAUGAAUUGUAUCAUUACAAAACAUCCGGAUCCCAAAUUAAAAGCUAAUAUUCCUAUAGUAUUAAUGGAUCUUGGAAUGGUUCCUUUAUCUAUUGCUGACAACUGGGACAAUUCAUAUGUUGUAAUGUUGGAUGGAAAAUUGAUUGGAGUAAUAGAUGAUAGUAUAGUUGCUAGAGUGACAGAUAAACUUCGAUUACUUAAAAUAAAGGGACAAGAAAUUCCAUCUACAUUAGAAAUAGCUCUGGUGCCAAAGAAGAAUGUACCAGCUCAGUAUCCAGGAUUAUAUUUAUUCACAAAUCCAGCACGCAUGAUGAGACCAGUGAUGAAUUUAGUUGCUAAAAAAAUUGAAUAUAUAGGAACAUUCGAACAAAUUUAUUUAAAUAUUUGCAUCACACCUGAAGAAGCUUAUGAAGGAUUAACAACACAUCAAGAAUUGUCAAAGACAGCUUUCUUAAGUAAUUUAGCAAGUCUUAUUCCAAUGCCAGAUUGUAAUCAAAGUCCAAGAAAUAUGUAUCAGUGUCAAAUGGGUAAACAAACAAUGGGUACUCCAUGUCAUACAUGGCAAUUACAAUCAGAAACUAAAUUGUAUAGACUUCAAACACCUGCAACACCACUUUUCCGCCCUGUUCAUUAUGACAAGAUUGAUCUUGAUGACUUUGCUAUGGGUACAAAUGCAAUAGUGGCUGUCAUUUCAUACACAGGAUACGAUAUGGAAGAUGCAAUGAUUAUAAAUAAAGCUGCUUAUGAUAGAGGGUUUGCGCAUGGAACAAUUUAUAAAUCUGAAUUUGUAGAUUUAAAAGAUCAAAAAAGUUAUUUUGCACGAAAUCCAGAUAAACCGGAACUUGCAGAAAAAUUGGAUACUGAUGGUCUUCCUAUACCAGGUACUAUUCUCUCUGAAGGUGAAGUUUAUUACUGUUACUACGAUGCGGAUCAGUCUGCAUACAUUACUGGUAAAUAUCAUGGCAAAGAGGAUGCUCACGUUGAUACUGUAAAACUCUGUGGUAGUUUACAUAGUCAUGUUCCACGCAGGGCUUGCAUUACUUUUCGCAUUUCGCGUAAUCCAAGUGUUGGAGAUAAAUUUGCUUCUAGAGCAGGCCAAAAAGGAAUCUGUUCUCAAAAAUGGCCAGCAGAGGACUUACCAUUUACAGAAACCGGGUUGAUUCCUGAUAUUGUAUUUAAUCCUCAUGGUUUUCCAAGUCGUAUGACAAUAGCCAUGAUGAUCGAAGUAAUGGCGGGAAAAUCAGCAGCAAUACACGGUUUGGUACACGAUGCAACGUCUUUUCGGUUCAACGAGAACAACACAGCGGUUGAAUAUUUUGGAAAAUUGUUAGAACGUGGCGGUUAUAAUUAUUACGGUACUGAAAGAAUGUAUUCAGGUAUAGAUGGCAGAGAAAUGACAGCAGAUAUCUUUUUUGGAAUUGUACAUUACCAACGAUUGCGGCACAUGGUCUCGGAUAAGUGGCAAGUUAGAAGUACUGGUCCAAUAGAUGUUUUAACAAGGCAACCUAUAAAAGGUAGGCGAAGAGGUGGUGGUGUUCGAUUUGGUGAAAUGGAACGAGAUUCGUUAAUAUCUCAUGGCUGUUCAUUCCUGCUUCAAGAUCGUCUUUUCCAUUGCUCAGAUAAAACUACGACAUUAGUUUGUCAAAAGUGUGGAACAUUGUUAGGUCCAGUAAUGGAAGCGUCUUUAAAUGCAUCAGGAUUUGGCGGUAAAACAAGAUGUCGUCUUUGUGGCGACGAUGAAUCCGUAAGGGAAGUUGAUAUACCGUACAUCUUCCGGUACCUCGUAACACAGUUAACGUCUUGUAAUAUUAACGUAAAAUUGACAUUUGCAGAAAAAUGAAAAACGAAA